CUCAACUCAAAAUGGCUGCGUUUAUUUUUGUUUACGUUUUGGAAACGAUUUGAAAGUAUUCAGAAUGUUAAAGAUGAAGGAAUUUAGUUUAUUACCUACUUGAAUAUGAAAUAAAUAAGUUUCAUGAUUGGGAGUUGAUAUCAAACGCAAAUAUGCGUGAAAUCAGAAGAGGUCAUUACAAUCAGAGCUCCCGAACCGUUCAGUUUGAGUCGCCAUCUCACAUGGGAACUCUUUUAAGUGGACUGAACACUCUAAGAAGCAAGGGUUUGUUAUUAGAUAUAACACUGAUUGCAGGAGGACAAGCUUUCCAAGCUCACCGGGUAGUAUUAGCUUCUUGCAGUGAUUACUUCCGUGCCAUGUUUACUGAUGCCAUGAAAGAAAGUCAGCAAAGUGAAAUUUGUUUAAAUGGAGUCACAGCUGAUGGAAUGCGGUAUCUUUUAGAAUAUGCAUAUACCUCUAAGCUAGCAUUAAGUUUAGCCAACAUCCAGGAUGUUCUUUCUGCUGCAAGUCAUGUACAGUUGAUAGCUGUUGUUGAAGCAUGUUCUUCAUACUUGAAAGAACAAUUAGAUCUUGAUAAUUGUGUGGAUGUUGCAACAAUUGCUGAAAUAUAUUCAUUGCAACAGCUGCUAAAGGAAGUUUAUCUCUUUAUCUGUGGUAACUUGCAAAAAUUCUCUGAGAAAUCAGAAUUUUUAAGAUUAUCUCCUUUUCAAUUAGAAUAUAUUUUAAAAUGUGAUUUUCCUGUUGACUGUUCAGAAAGAGAGGUUUUAAGCAUUGUACUUAAGUGGAUCGAACACCAACCACAUGAGCGGUUGAAAUACAUUCAUCAACUUCUAAGACACAUUCAUUUCAAUGAAAUAUCUUCAGUUGAUCUGGCUUCAUUUUACGAAUCACCUAUUGUGAAGUGCCUUUGCAUCAACAACAGCCUCUGGAAUCAUUUAUGGCACGUUCCAGGAGAACAGCGGGGACUGUCCCUCAUUAACUCCCGAGGUAUGGAGUUGGCAAUUUUAAAAGUUGGUGGGUUUGGUAUCAGUGGUGUAACUAAUGAUAUUGCAUAUUAUCUUUCAAGUGUUGGUAAGUGGAGAUAUUUAACUUCUAUACCUCAUGUGGAGCAGUGCAAUUUUGGUACUGCAGUACUUAAUAAUGAAUUGUAUAUUGUUGGUGGGUGUUUUAACCAGAGUCUUCAAGAAAAUGUCCAUCCAUUUGGUUUUCGAUAUAACCCGCUUAACAACUCCUGGUCAACAAUGGCUCCUAUGCAAAAGGAAAGAUGUAGAUUCUCUUUGGGUGUAGUAGGUAACAAUCUGAUAGCAGUUGGUGGAGUAGGGGAGUCUGGAGAUUUUGAUGUUCUUGAUGACAGUGCACCUUGUGAAAAAUAUGAUCCCAUGACUGACUUAUGGACACCUAUAUCUUCUUUACCUGGUUCUAGAGCUCAGCAUGCUGGAACAUCUUGGAGGAACUAUUUAUAUGUUUCAGGUGGUCUAGAUCAAGAUUUAGUUUUGAAUUCUCUUUGGAGGCUGAAUACUGAUACUGACCAUUGGGAGAUACGGGCUCCUAUGAUUACACCACGUGCUGAUCAUUCUAUGGUAUGCUGUGGUGAUAAAAUAUAUGUGUGUGGGGGCUGGUACGAAGAUGAAGCAACUGGUUCUAGGGUCCUGGUAGAUACGAUUGAUUGCUAUAGUGUUAUAAGAGACUCAUGGACUGUCAUAACCAGAGUUCCUACCCCACGUUAUCAUGCUGGAAUUGUUGUGAUAGGAAAGUGGCUGUAUAUUGUUGGAGGUUUUCAUAGUGCAACAACUUUUGAUCGUGCAAGUGGUGUAGUUGAGUGUUAUAAUAUCGAAACUGGUAUUUGGACAGUUGGAGACAACUACCCACAAGAUAUAUGGGAACAUGCUUGUUGCACACUUUAUGUGCCCCGUUGUAGAGAUGAUUUAGAAGUUAUACCAGAUAAAAAUCUAAUGUAAAAUAAAUGUAUGCUUUGAUCAAAUGUUUUUUUUUUUUUUUUUUUUUUGUAACAUAAUACAAUUGUAUAAUAAAUUUUGAA